UCUGAACAUUGCAUAAGGGAAGAUGAUUUUUGCCCAUUCCAUAAAAAGAAAGGCCAUCACAUUGAUGAAUGCAUUGAGUUUCAUCAAAAGGUUGCGAGAAUGCUGACUUUAGGAGAGCUAAGGAUUGAGGCUGCAAGAGAUAACGAAGAGAUCAAGAUGAUAGAGAAUCAGGGGAAAUGUAGAAUCCAAUCAACAGCUAAUGGGCUAUCGAGAUUGGUAUUAACUAAACCCCCGAUGGCAAACAAAGCAAACUAUGGAGCGAUGCCUAGAGAUUAUGGUUAUACCUCGAAUAUUGAAACUCCUUUGCCACUGUUCCGAACUGAGAUAAGUGGACUAACUCGGAGUGGUCGUUGUUUCACACCUGAAGAACUAGAGAAACAAAGAAAGGCUAAGGGCAAGGAGGUGUUGGACCUCGAUAAAGAGUUUGAGGUGAAUAAACCUGUGACUGAGGAAGAAACAAAUGAGUUUUUGAAAUUGAUGAAGCAUAGUGAGUACUGUAUAGUGGAUCAGUUGAAGAAGACCCCUGCCAAGAUCUCCAUCAUGUCAUUAAUACUCAGUUCCGAGCCGCAUCGUAAUGCUUUGCAAAAAGUACUAAAUGAGGCCUACGUACCCCAAGAUAUUGAACAAAAGACUAUGGAGCAUCUAGUAGGGAGGAUCCAUGCUGCCAAUUACUUAUAUUUCACGGAAGAUGAACUUGACGCUGAAGGAACUGGACAUAACAAGCCCUUAUAUGUCACAGUCCGAUGCAAAGAUUGUCUCAUUGGUAAAGUUCUCAUCGAUAACGGCUCAGCCCUUAAUGUGUUACCAAGGCAUAUGCUGGAUGAAAUGCCAGUGGAUCCCUCACACAUGCAACCCAGUGUGAUGACGGCUAGAGCGUACGAUGGCUCACCAAGGCAAGUGAUAGGGACAAUUGAGGUCGAACUAGCUGUGGGUCCACAAGUCUUUCUAGUAACCCUUCAAGUGAUGGAUAUCCACCCUUCCUAUAGUAUGUUGUUAGGAAGGCCAUGGAUACAUUCUGCGGGAGCUGUCACCUCCUCGAUGCAUCAAUGUUUGAAGUACAUUGCCAAUGGCGUUCUGGUUUCUGUUAAGGCUGAGGAGACUAUAUCAAUGGUAAGAAAUGUGGCGGUUCCAUUCAUUGAAGCCGAAGAUUGUAAGGAUGGAAACCUUCAUGCAUUUGAAGUUGUGAAUACCGAGUGGGUACCCGAGAACACUGUGGUGAGAAAACCAGAACUCUCGGAGGCCACCAAAAUGGCCGCUAAAAGCUUUUUGAAGCACAAGAUUCCUUGCCCAUAUGUCAUCAAGAAAGGAAAACUUGAAUGGAUUGAUAUAAUCAAGCUGAAAGCUGCAGAACAGAGGUUUGGGCUUGGAUAUAAGCCCAAGAAAGAGGAUUACAAGCGAGCUGCUGGUGCAAGAAGGGAGAAAAGAAUGGCUAGGAUUGAAGGAAGGAAGCCUGAAGAAGAAAGCCUAGUCAUCCCUCCAAUCAGGACUUCUUUUCCAAAGGCCGCAUAUGUGAUGCAACCUGAUAAGGGACACGGAAACCUCUUUCAGAAGUUUUUUUCAAUGAACAUAAACACUCUGGAGGAAGACCAAGUCAAGAACAUUGCUGAGAAAAUUGAAUCUGGAAGAAAGGAUGAAGAGCUGCCACAAUUAACCAUCCACAUUUUGGAAGAAGUCACCGACAGGACUUUCAUUCGAAAGCUAGCCGAAGGAGAGAAGUUCCAGAAUUGGGAGACCCAAGAAGCUCCAUUGUUCCUUUUAAUGAGAUCAUGCAUUUUCAAAAUUCAUCUUGAUGUCUUACUGUGCAUUUACACAUCACUUUCCGCUUUCAGGAACCCUGAAAGCGGAUCCUCCACAACAACACCUGCACUUUACAUUGAGAAUGAAUGGCCAAACUUUAAAGAAUACAUAGUAGCUGUAGAAGAUGAGGAAUGGGAGGAGAAAAACAUAUGGGAAUUCACAAAAUUAAUAGAACAACAUGAACAGGCUUGGAGGCCCGCUAAAGAGGAACUUGAAACCAUAAAUGUGGGUAAUGAAGAAAUCAAGAGAGAGCUGAAAAUAGGGACUUUGAUCACUCCGGAAGAGAAGGAAGAGUUGAUUGCACUGCUCCGAGAUUACGUAGAUGUCUUUGCCUGGUCCUACGAAGAUAUGCCUGGUUUGGAUACGGACAUCGUAGUACAUAAGAUACCACUGGUGGAAGGAUGCAAGCCGGUUAAGCAGAAGUUAAGGAGAACUCAUCCGGAGAUCUUAAUCAAAGUAAAAGCAGAAAUUGAAAAGCAAUGGAACGCUGGUUUUUUGGAAGUAGUCAAGUAUCCACAGUGGGUGUCAAACAUAGUGGUGGUACCCAAAAAGGAAGGUAAAAUCAGAGUUUGUGUGGACUUUAGGGACUUAAACCGGGCUAGCCCUAAAGAUAAUUUCCCUCUACCACACAUAGAUAUGUUAGUUGAUAAUGCAGCACGCAGCUCCAUAUAUUCCUUUAUGGAUGGAUUUUCAGGCUACAAUCAGAUAAAAAUGGCGCAAGAGGAUAAAGAGAAGACAACCUUUGUAACACCGUGGGGAACAUUUUGCUACAAAGUCAUGCCAUUUGGUUUAAAGAAUGCUGGGGCCACCUACCAAAGGGCUAUGGUGACUUUGUUUCAUGACAUGAUGCACAAAGAGAUUGAAGUAUACGUGGACGACAUGAUUGCUAAAUCUAGAGAGGGAGAGAAUCAUGUCCAAAUAUUGAAGAAAUUGUUUGAAAGACUAAGGAAAUAUAAGUUGAGGCUUAACCCGGCAAAGUGUUCGUUCGGGGUGAAAUCUGGGAAGUUGUUGGGAUUUGUGGUGAGUGAUAAAGGGAUAGAAGUAGAUCCCGACAAAGUAAAGGCUAUUCAAUCUAUGCCACCUCCCAAGACUGAGAAAGAUGUGAGAGGUUUCUUAGGAAGGUUGAAUUACAUUGCUCGGUUUAUAUCUCAAUUAACCACGACUUGUGACCCGAUCUUUCGUUUGUUAAGGAAGAAGAACCCUGGAAGUUGGAAUGAAGAGUGCGAAGAGGCUUUUGAGAAAAUCAAGCAAUACUUGUUGAAUCCGCCCCUGCUUGUUCCUCCUGUGCCAGAAAGGCCAUUGAUAUUAUACCUAACGGUAACAGAAACAGCAAUGGGAUGUGUGCUUGGGCAACACGAUGAAACCGGAAGGAAGGAAAGGGCCAUUUAUUACCUAAGCAAGAAGUUCACGGAAUGUGAGUCUAGGUAUACUGAGAUCGAGAAGUUGUGUUGCGCACUGACAUGGGCUGCAAAGAGAUUACGUCAGUAUAUGUUGUAUCACACUACGUGGUUAAUUUCCAAAUUAGACCCGUUGAGGUACAUUUGUGAAAAACCCUAUCUAUCUAGCCGAAUUGCAAGAUGGCAAGUUCUAUUGGCUGAGUAUGACAUAGUAUAUAUGACAAGGAAAGCUGUGAAAGGGAGCGUUAUUGCCGAUCACCUAGCUGACCAUGCUAUGGAAGAUUAUGAGUCAUUAGACUUUGACUUUCCCGAUGAAGAUGUGCUUGCAAUCGAGGAAGAGAAAUCAGAUUGGUGGAUUAUGUACUUUGAUGGUGCUGUAAAUGCAUGUGGUAACGGAGCUGGUGCGGUGAUAAUCUCUCCUGGCAAGAAGCAGUAUCCGGUUUCAGUCAAGCUACAGUUUGGGUGCACCAACAACACGGCUGAGUAUGAAGCUUGCAUUCUCGGUUUAGAGGCUGCAUUGGAGCUAAACAUCAGAAAGAUAGAUGUGUAUGGAGACUCAAUGCUGAUCAUUUGCCAAAUAAAAGGAGAAUGGCAAACCAAGGAAGAGAAGCUAAGGCCUUACCAAGAAUACCUGUCUAAGCUGACUGGAGAAUUUGAGGAAAUAGAGUUCACCCAUCUAGGAAGGGAAGGAAACCACUUUGCAGAUGCUUUGGCUACACUAGCAUCUAUGGCCAAAAUAGACUUCGGGCACAAGGUACAACCAGUACACAUCAAUAUCAGAAAUAACCCAGCUCAUUGUUGCUCAGUCGAAAGAGAAGUGGAUGGAAACCCUUGGUACUAUGAUGUCAAGAAUUUCAUCCAAAACCAGGCAUAUCCCAUGGGGGCAUCCAAAAUCGACAAGAAGACCUUGAGGAGGUUGGCAAUGGAUUUUUAUCUUGAUGGGGAGAUUUUGUAUAAGAAAUCAUCCGACGGGACUUUGUUGAGAUGUUUGGAUGAGUUUGAGGCAAAAAAAGCAUUACGAGAAGUCCAUGAAGGGAUUUGCUCAACCCAUGCUGAUGGACACGUGAUGGCUAGGAAGAUACAAAGAGUCGGUUACUUCUGGAUGACGUUAGAAAAGGAUUGCAUCGACUAUGUCCGAAAAUGUCAUAAGUGCCAAGUAUACAGUGACAAAAUCAACGCCCCUCCAGCUCCUCUAUUUAACUUGACAUCUCCAUGGCCCUUCGCGAUGUGGGGAAUUGAUGUGAUUGGACCUGUAAACCCAAAAGCCAGCAAUGGUCAUAGGUUUAUUCUCGUGGCUAUCGACUACUUUACAAAAUGGGUAGAAGCCGGGUCAUUUGCUCAUGUGACGCAAAAAGUAGUGAAGAAAUUUAUUGAGAGAGAUUUGAUUUGUCGAUAUGGUCCACCAGAAAAGGUUAUCACUGAUAAUGCCCAGAAUUUCAAUGGCAAGAUGAUAAUAGAACUUUGUGCUAAAUGGAAAAUCAAGCAUUCCAACUCUUCGCCGUAUAGACCAAAGAUGAAUGGUGCGGUAGAAGCUGCUAACAAAAAUGUCAAAAAGAUUAUUCAGAAGAUGGUAGUCACCUAUAAGGAUUGGCAUGAGAUGUUGCCAUUUGCCCUUCAUGCGUAUCGCACUGCAGUCCGAACCUCAACAGGAGCCACCCCAUACACGUUGGUAUAUGGAAUGGAGGCGGUUAUGCCUUUAGAAGUGGAAAUCCCCUCAUUGAGAGUACUGGUAGACUCUGAGCUGGAAGAGGUAGAAUGGGCAAAAGUUAGAUAUGAACAGCUAAAUCUGAUCAGUGAAAAGAGGAUAGCCGCAAUUUGUCAUCAUCAACUUUACCAAAGAAGGAUGGCCAAAUCAUACGACAAAAAGGUUCGACCUCGAGGAUUCCACGAAGGAGAUCUUGUACUGAAGAAAAUAUUGCCGUUACCAGGAGAAGAUCAGAGUAAAUGGGCACCGAACUAUGAGGGCCCUUACGUAGUGAAGAAAGCAUUCUCGGGAGGAGCUUUGCUGUUGUCUAGAAUGGAUGGAGAAGAUCUAGUUAGGCCAGUGAAUUCUGACUCUGUAAGGAAAUAUUACGCUUGAUGUAUUCCGUAA